AUGGGGCAUCCCAGAUGGGAGGAGGAAUCCGGUGGGCGGCAAGGAGGCAACCCAGAAGGGCACAAGGGCUCUGGUGGAUGGCCAGGGAGCAGCCCACAAACAGAUGUCAGGGUCAGGGCUUCUCCGGUGGAGCCUGGAACAGAGGUGAGGGUCAGGACCGCCAAUACAGAGCCAGGAGCUGGGGCCGGGACGGCCUCCAAUGUGGAGCCCAGAGCUGGGACCAGGACGGCCUCCAACGUGGAGCCAGAUGCUGGGACCAGGACGGCCUCCGGCAACAAAUACACCAGCAGUGGUGGUGGUCGUAGCAGUGCCUCGGUGUAUGGGGGAGCUAAACCUGGCACUAUCAAAAUCUCUAGUGGUAAUGCCUCCAUGUUCGCUGGAGGUGGUGCUGGUGGUGCCUCCAUGUUCGCUGGAGGUGGUGCUGGUGGUGCCUCCAUGUUCGCUCAAGGUGCUGCUGGUGGUGGCCGCUUCAUUUACCUGGGGGGCGAUGCUGUUGCACGGGGCUCGGGAGGUGGUUCUGGGUUUUCCUUCGGUGGUGCUGGGGCUGGUGCUGGAGGAGGCGACCUGGACAUCACUGCCAACGAGAAGAUGGCCAUGCAGAACCUGAACGACCGCUUGGCUUCCUACCUGGAGAAGGUGCGCAAGCUGGAGGCUGCCAAUGCUGAGCUGGAGCUGAAGAUCAGGGAGUUCCUGGAGCAGAAGACCUCUCCCUCCUCCAGAGACUACAGCGCCUACUUUGCCACCAUCGCAGACCUGCAAGGACAGAUCCUGGAAGCUACCAAGGUCAACGGUGGCAUCUACCUCAGCAUCGACAACGCCAAACUGGCUGCUGACGACUUCAGGCUCAAGUAUGAGAAUGAGCUUGCUAUGCGCCAGUCAGUGGAGGCCGACAUCGCUGGGCUGAAGAGAGUCCUUGAUGAGCUCACCAUGGGCCGGACCGACCUGGAGAUGGAGAUUGAAGGCCUGAAUGAGGAGCUGAUCUUCAUGAAGAAGAACCACGAGGAGGACAUGCUCGGCAUGCGGGACCAAAUGAGCGGCCAGGUGAACGUAGAGGUGGACGCUGCUAAAGGACCCGACCUCGCUCAGAUCAUGGAGGAGAUCAGGGAGCAGUAUGCAAAUGCUGCUGCCAAGAGCAAGAAAGAACUUGAUGUCUGGUUCCAGGGAAAGACAGAAGCUCUGAACAAAGAGGUUGCUGAAAGCACAGAGAGCAUCCAAACAUCCAAAACUGAGAUCACUGACCUCAAACGAACGCUGCAAGCCCUGGAGAUUGAGCUGCAGUCACAACUCACUAUGAAAUCAUCUCUGGAGGGCACCCUGGCUGACACCCAGAAUCGGUUUGCCAUGCAGCUAGCAGGUUUUCAGAACCAGGUUUCCUGUAUGGAGGAGCAGCUGGUGCAGCUGAGAGCUGACCUGGAGCGUCAAGGCCAAGAGUACCAGAUGCUGCUGGACAUCAAGACCAGACUGGAGAUGGAGAUCGCCGAGUACAGGAGGCUGCUGGAUGGAGAGGGUGGCGGUGGCUCCGGCGGCCUCAGCAGCUCCAGCAGCUCCAGCAGCAUGAUGACUUCCACCCCUGCAAAUCGUUCACCCUCACCCGCUCCCCCAUCCUCCACCUCAGUCACCAAACAGAAAGUUGUCACCAUUGUCGAGGAGGUAGUGGACGGGAAGGUGGUCAGUUCCACCCAGUCCGAGGUCGUGAAGGAGCUGUGA